CCAGGAACAACUGCGUUAUUUUGAGGAGGAGAGCUGACAGCCUGUUGUGUCUAAGCCCCCUACUAGACAGAUGGGUGGCGAUUGGAACAGCGAGUUACACUGCAUAUUGAUCAUCAUUCACUUCUGGCGUCAGUGGACUGGGCAGAGAGAAUCAUGAAUCAUGAAACGAGUCCGGUCAUUGUGAAAUAAUCGCUUCUACCUAGUUACCGGAAGUUGUAGAAAUAAUUUUCUACCAUAGAGUGAGGAUCGCAUCAAGUGACGCCCAGAAUUUAACGUGUGCGUGCGUGCGCGCAUCCAGUGUUGUGUAGGUGCGCCAGUGACAGCAGGAUGCCGAUUCUUCAGGUACCGUUUCCUCCCGGAGUUCGUUCUGCAACGGGGAAUUGCGGAUGAUUGGAGAGCGCGCCCUGGACUGUUGUGAUCUGCUUAAUCGACGGAGCAGUUAACGGCUGCCGCAGUUUGCUUAAAUUGUUGUUUACUGCUUUACAAAGACGUUGACGAAGCAACAACUGUGUUGAUGGUAUGGCAGCACAAAUAGAGCGAUGACGACAAACUGGCGCGGAAGAGAAAUUGGCCGCUUGUUUGUCCCCCAAAUUACUUUCAGAAGCACGUGACUGAAGUCAGUUGUCAAGACAACGGCAACAGCAUCUAUAAUCAGCCUGGCUUGGGUAGUCUCUGGGGGUGUUAAAGGGAUUGAGAACGAGCUGGAUGUGAGAACCGAUGGCGGGAAAGACACACGUUAGCAGGAAACCAUUCAAUGGGAGGGAUUGGCCCAGGGAUAGCCCUGUAGCCCGUGUAUACGAUGUCGGAAACUCCAGCACUAAGUUAGUUCUUCUCAACAGACGCCUCAAGAAGCACUCGCGCCUGAGAGGAUUAACAGACUUCAAUGGGGACAUUCUUGCUCCGUCACCAGCUAGACACAUUUCAGAAGAACCAGCAGUCAACAAGCAAGCAUCAUGAAACAUGCUGCAACUCAAGUUCAGAGAGAUUCCAUCCUCAAAUUUCCUUGGAUCUCUCCUGGAAGAAUUCCACCCAACGCCACCAUCAACCUUUGAUAAUGGUAGCCAUGUGAACCAAAACAGACACAUAUCCUGCCGUGUACCACGAGACCAACCAGUGGAUGAGUUGUAUCGCCGCCGUCCCUACACCAGUGCAUCCAUGUACGGUGACCUUGGGUGUCUAUGGCCUGUGCUAGCCGACCCUGAUCUUUCAUUUGGAGAACGACGCUACUUGUACAGCGUUGCGUGCAUCUAUAAUGUGAAUCCAAUGAAACAAACCAAGCAAGAACAAUACUAUCAACUCCUGUACAAAGAACUCAUGAAAGGUUACUACCCAUCAGAGGUGCACCAACGAUAUCUGCACUACUUGACUAGUCCUCGCAAGACACAGUUUGGAAAGCUCGAUCCAGAGAAGCGUGCCAAAUCUGCUCCACCACCACCUACCCUACAUGCUCAACAUGGGCAAACAACUCCAACAAGAGUUACCUCUGGCAGAACCACUUCCAGAAUGAGUAAACGAUCACAUGCCAAUGCUAAGAGUGUGACUUCCAGCUCCUCUGGCAGACCAUCCAGUAUCUCAAGUCACCCCUCCACUUCCAGCAACAAACGAAGUAAAUCUGCUUCAAGUCGCAGCCAGUCUGCUUCAACUGUGAAAUCUGGUUCCAGCCAGCAACACACUGCCAAUGAAGUUAAGCAUAAAGAAUCAAAUAACAGAGAUGUAGUUCAAGCUAACCACAAGAAAAUCUCACAUGUGGGUGAUGAUCAAGGAAAAUUGACAAGAAAUGAAGAGCAAGAUCACAGAAACAAAGAUGGAAAUGCUGAAAAUGACCAGCACAAACCUCAGUCAAACACUGGUUCACCUCCAAAAAGAGAAGAAUUAUAUGAAGAUGAAAGCAAUGAGAAUAGUCCCAGAGUAAUCACAGUCGUCUCAGAAAACAUUAAACCCAGCACAGCCACUCACACGAACAGAGAUGAUCUUGACAAGAGAGAGGGUGACAGGCGCAGAGAGAGUGGUUCAUUCUCCAGCACAGGCAGUAGAUCAAUUCACCAUGACCAACAGAGUCAUUCUCCUUCAUUUUUUCAAGAUGGCAAAAAGACCUCUGACAAAGAGCAUGAAGCCUUGCAUAAUCGAGAAAGCACAGAUGAAGAAGUGAUAACUACAAUACACAGAACACAAAGCUAUGAGCAAGAGAGACAAAGCAACACCCACACUGAGGAGAAACGAAGUACACACUCAAGGCCAGACUCAGGAGUCAGUCAGGGUAAGGAGUACGUGGCACCAAACAGACUUGCCAAAAACACUUCACAAGGCAGCUCUUUGAAAGAGAAUAAUCAACCACUGAAUGAAAGUCAAGCUCAAGAUGAGUAUCCCUUGGUUACAGUAAACCAGACAGAUCAGGGUGCAGAUUCUGAUGAUGCCUUGCCAGAGUUCUCAACACAAGAACGAAAUCAUGAUGUAGACAAAAUAGAAUACUGAACCAUAGGCUUUUGAAAGAGAAUGAGCUGCCAGCUUUUUACCUUUCAUUUUUAUUGCCUUAUAUUUCUUCUAGGUUUUUAUUUUAUUUCUUAAGCAAAAAUCACAAAUAAUAAUUCGUAGCUAUUAUUUUUACAAUUAAGAUAUACUAAGUGACCUUGAAAAACUUUUGCUUUAAUGUUUUGCUUUGUUUCUUUAUCACAAGCAGUAUUAAGAUAAAUUCUAGACUAGUCAAAUUGUUUCUAGAACCAACUGAGAGUAGAACUCCCUUUCUUGUGUGCAUCUUGGUUCAAGGAGGAUUCUGUUUAAAAUGGGGCAUUUGGAUUGGGUAGGGUAAUGUUUAAAAUGGGGUAUUUGGAAGAACUUCCCAAUUCACUGUCAAUGUAAGAAGCUAGAUAAAGUAUGCUGAAAGUUGAAUGCACUGGACAAAGCUACAGUCUUCAACCUAACUUUUCGCAAGAAUUUAUUAUCAUUUCUCUUUACCCUAUAACCCAUAUUCCACUCAAGCCAAUCCUUUUAUCUCCCCUUGCAGCCUGAUCUGCUUAUGCUCAUUUUUUUCAUCUUAUUCCCUUUUUUCUCCUUUGAUUACAUAAUUACGUUUAGUCACAAGUUCGAUAAUAAUAUAGUUAACUUAUAUAGUAGUUAUUUAUAUAGUAUGCUACUGUGAAAAGAUAUAUAUAUCAACUGAGUUUGGAGGAUGAGGUGGUGCAUGCUUGUAAGACCUGAGUUGUCGAAACUUACUUUAUCCAUUAUCCUAGAGAGAAAAGGCAAGCUGGAGACUGGAUGGACUUAACAAUAUUCAUGAUGAAAUUACAUUUAGAGAUUUUAAAACAGGUGCUGACAUCCAGUCUAUAUAUGAUCAAACGUCGGUGAUUUUGUGGAUGACAUAGUCACCAAAAACUGGCAACAGCUGUGGAGCAAGAUAGGUAGUGGACAGUGAUGUUUCCUUGAUAUAUUCAGCCAGAAAUUGCAUUGAACUAGGGGGUAGCCAGAAAAAAAGAUGUAUGAUUUCAAUAAAAUUGUGUGGCAAUGAUAGAGCAGUGAAAGAAAGAUGCAUCUUUAGUAAGUGAUGAGCUGUAGAUUAUUGAAGAAGUAGCGCCACCACAUUUGCGGCCCUAUGGUCCAGUGAGGGAGAAUAGGAACAAGAAGAAACGCCACCACACGUAGAGCAGGGGAAAAGUCUGAUGUUAAGUCGGCAUAUGCUUCGUCACCUUGUAAUUGCUGCAUCAUUCAGGUACAAUGAAGACAUAUAUGUUGCAGUCGUGAACAAACUCCAUAAAUUCAGUAUACUUCAGUGAACCUGGUGUGCUGAUGAGACAGACUGAGACUAUAGGCCCAAUACCAAGAUGAGUGUUUAUUUCGCAGACUUCUAUGAUACUUCUCAGAGUAUAGAAAUCUGUCGUUUAUUUGUUGUGUAUGUGUGCAUGUGUUUUGGAGUUGGAGUGAGGGGAACAUGGUGGUCUGCAGUCUAAGAGGAUGAUGUUUUUAUUGUCAUAAUUGAUUCAGAGGAGUAACUACCAAAUUGUAGCUCUCUAAAGGUUUUUAAAUAUAGCAAGUUAUAAUAAUUUCAGACUUCAGAAUGCAAGUUCUUUCAAGUCAUGUGAAAGGUUGGUUUGAUUAGUCCUUACUACUCCUUGAGGAGCGUAGGACCGCAACAGCUCUCCUGUGAACCCGGUUUUGGGCAGCCCCCCUCAGUUGGGCCCAUGUGAUUCUGGCAUCCUUUGCCUUGCUCUCUGCUGUUCUUUUCCACGUGAAAGGAAUACAACACAAAUCUUUAUAAUCAUAUCUAUUAAAUGAAAGAUUUCAACUACUAUUGCCAAAAUUGAUACAAUUUUCUGCAGAUUAUUUCAAAAUAGUUAAAACGUAUCUAUUAUGCAUAUAUAUUUUCCAUUUACACUAAGCCAGUAAUAAAUUUGUGCAGAAAAUACUGAUAUUUGUAGCAUAUUGCUUCCUGUCAAUCUGCCUCUCUGUGUAAGGGUGAAGUUGUGGUGGUAGUGGUUGUGGUCGUGGUAAUACGAAAAUAUAAACGUUUUUCUUCAGUGCUGUCUAAUGAGAAAAUUGUAUGCAAGUUACAGAUGUUGUUGGGUAAAAAUUACCCAACCAGAUAAGAGAUAGGGGUGGGUGGGUGGAAUCUUUUAGAUGAAUAAUAUGAAAGAAAAAAUGCAUUUAGGAGCACCCUCAAUGACAAACAAAAGCACAUAAUGAUACACACAUACUCCUAUAUUUGACAAUUUAUCUACAAUUUUUAUUUGCGCCUAUACAAAUGGAUAAAUCUGUUUAAGAAAACACAUGGCAACAAAAGUGCUUGAUGCCAAAAUUGCACCUUGCCAUAGCAACAUUUAAUGAGAAUAAAAAGAUGGACACAUUUACAUAAUAGCAGAAUAUUUACAAAAUUCAUUUCAGUCUGUUACAAAAAAGCAAAUAUAAAAUUCUUCCUCUAAGGAAUGAUUUUAACUGUUUAUGCAUUAACUACAUCUAGCAUCGACUCUUGUGCUAUCAGACUGACAAACUAAAUGCCAUUAUAUCAAAGAAUGUCUAUUCUUAAGAAACCUGACCAGAUACUGUCCCUAAAGUAAAACUUGUCACCAGUAGUUAAUGCCACAAAUAUGAAAAUUCCUACACUAGGGUUAGGUCACUGCUAAAAUAAAAAGAGAAAUUAUCUAGCAUCUUAACUGUCAUGUAACAGUGUUUUAGAAACAUCUUCCAUUUUGCCUGCUAUUGUAGACUGUCUCAAGUGUUGCAUUACAUAAAUUAAUGCAAAGAUCCUUAAACCACUCUGUACUGGAUGAUUAUUGAUUUCUUGAGAUAAUAAAUGACAGUUUGAAUGACAGAUUUAAGAAAGUGAACGCACG